UCUAUAGAGCUUUCCUGAGAAACACACAAUGCUGAGGCAACCAAAAAUCAGUCAGCCUGAAUGAACAAAGAGUGCAGGCUGCUGUUACAAUGGUGCCAAAACAAAAGCCCUGCUUUCCAGAAGCCCAGGCCACCAUAAAGAGGCAUGUGACAGAAGCUUUUUUGCCGUUUUGCGAAGUCAGAAAGAAGUGGUGUGUUCCGCAUUAAUGCCUCUGGGUGAGUAGUUGGUCUGUAAGAUACCAAUCCAGGAAAGAAAUGCCUCUGACAAGACGCCGAUCGUCCACCCUGGGCCAGGCUGGUGCAGAAAGGCCAGGAAGUGUGAGCCGAGUGAGCACAUGCGGUACCUCAGCUCCUCGGGGUACAAUCGUGGGCUCAGCAUCUUCCGACAGCACCAGCUGCCUGGGUGCCCGUGUGUCCCGCAGGGCACUGGGCAUCAGCAGCAUCUUCCUGCAAGGCUUGCGUAGUACCACUGUCCCUGUGCUGCCCAAGUAUGCAGAAAGGGGUCACCUGAUGGGUGCUGAGGGCCUUAACAGCUGUCUGCUAGAGUAUCGUGACAAGGUACAUACCCUUGAGCAACUCAAUCAGCAGCUGGAAGAGCAGAUCCAUAACUGCCUGGAUCGCAAGGCCUCCAGCGCCAAGAUGUGGGGCACACUCAGGCAGGAAUGGGAGGACAUCUACAGACAGGUGAGUGAGGCCAUCCUGGACAAUGCUCGACUUGUGCUUCAGACAGAGAAUCUCCAGGCCAAUGCUGAAGAUCUUAAAGAGAGGUUUGAACAUGAGCAGCCUUUCCGUAAAGCUGUAGAGGAAGAGAUCAGCUCCCUCUAUAAGGUGAUUGAUAAUGCCAACUUUACCAGGACGGACAUGGAGACCCAGAUGGAGAGAAUGCAUGCUGAGCUUCUAGACUUAGCCAAAACUCAUGAAGAGGAUGUGAGACAGCUCUAUAACCAGUUGUCUAGCCAUGAGGUUGAUGAAAGUGAUCUACCUACUGAGACCAGUCUAGAACAGAUAUUGACUUUUAUCCAUUCCCACUGGGAAAAGGUCCUUGAGAAGACCCGGGCAGAGACUGAUGCAUUCCUAGAGUGCAAGAAGGUGGACAGUGGGGACAGAAAACUGAGUGAGGAGGAAAAAGUCCUGGAGAACCUGAAGACAGAAUGUAAUGAUACAAAUGCGAAGAUCCAGAGCCUGCAUGCUGAAACAGAGUCUAUGAGAGCGCUGAAACGAGGCCUGGAGAACUCCCUGAAUGACGCAAAGCACUGGCAUGACAUUGAGCUUCAGAACUUGGGCUCGGUCAUUGGGAAGCUGGAGGCAGAGCUCGCUGAUGUGCGUGGAGACAUCGAGCAGCAACAGCGUGACUAUGAGACACUGCUCAACAACAAGAAGAGGCUAGAAAUGGAGAUUGGAAUGUACCAUGGGAUCCUGGACGGAGAGGAGAAUAGAUUCCACCCAUCAAUGUCCGUGUAUGUUAGUGCAGACGCUGAAGGACAAACCCAAACUUUUCCUGAACAGGAAAGCUCUACUGAUGGUUCUGAAGUGGAAAAGGAGAAGACGGUGAAAUGAAACUUUGCCCUCGUACGCGUGGCUUCACUCCGAAACAAUUCCAUAAAAUUUGCCAUCUUCACUUGCAUCAAUUCCUUUCUGCUCUAUGGCUUGUAUAGAUUACAGAACUAUUUCACAAGUUGAGCGUUUGAGAAUAAUAAACCUGUAAGACUUUCACGUCACAUUCCAAAACAUGCAUAACCUUUAAUUGUAUACGCACUGCAUGUUUUGAACAUUUUCUCCGAAAGUAAGCAAAACCUCUCACGCUAAAAUAACACCUCUUUGACACAGAACACUAUUUUGGUGUUUUUGCCUGUUGGGAGAGAAAAAAAGAGGCUGGUAGAGGGUCUGGGAGAAUAAUUGCCUUAAUUGUCUCAGCCCACAUCUCCACGCACCAUAAUAACACUCUGCGGUUCUAAUGACAUAGCACCGAGCCAGCCACUUGGACGUCAGUCCGUAAUCCAUGUUAUUACUCAACAGUUUAGGAAAUCCACAAAUUACAGGUGUAGUAAUGCUUUGGUUGCAAUGAAAAAAAAACACCACAUGACACUUUCGUGAAUAGAAACAGGCACGUUUAUUCAUCUGAGACUUAAUAGUUACAUACAUAGAAAAACUCCAAGUAAAAAAAAAAAAAAAAUUAUAAAAUAGAGUCAAUAUACGAUUUUUUUCCCUCUUUAUUUAGUUAAAAAAAAAAAAAACGUGUAUGGUUUUACUUCUGUGGUCUGGUUGGGUCUCCUAUGACAGAGAAGCAGCCGGUACAGAAACGAUCAGGUGUUUUAGAGACGAUGGGGGUCUCCCUCCUCAUCCGAAGACCCACAGACUGAGCUACCCCAUUCUGUAGAAGAAGGAAAGCGUUAUUCUAAGACUGCGCUCCUCAACUCCAUGUAUCAUUACAUUAUGCUACUCCCAACUCAGCUUUUUGCAGGAACUGCACUGCAACUAGGUCCUAAAUAGUAACUCGUGAUGAUUCACCCAGAAAUAGGACUAGUCCAGUUCAAAACUAUGAGUAACAAGUUCAUGUAGUCACUUCAAGUUAAGAAAUCCCAGUCGAGAGCACCGAUUAAUAUAAAUGAAUACAUUUCAAGUUCACCCGUGCAAAUGAAAUGUCCUCUAAGCUCAUUCUCCAUCCUUUUCACUCACCGUCAGCACCGAUUCAUCUCGAUAGCACGUUCCCGGUUUGAUAAACAGAGAACUCAUCAGUGUAUUUCAUAGGCUGACUUCCUUCUAAGGAAAAGUAUAUUACGCCGCUUUUUCUCAAGCUCACUAAUUUACUCAUUUCAAUUCAAUUCAAAGUUUUGAGGCUUAAGAUCUUAAAAUCUUUCUUAAUUAAAAAGGAACUUCUGGAUGUAAACGUCGUCUCUUUAUUUCGUCAAACUCACCCGAGACUCGUCCGAAGGUCCUGUCUCGACGGCUUCUGUCUGGAUUUCGGGCUGAAUCGUCUAAAAGAUUUAGAGUAAAUGAGGUUCAGAUAUUAUAUCACUUCGUGUUAUUGGAUUUUCAUGUGAAUGGG